AUGUUGGAGGUGCUUAUAAGCGGUCGUCACGAUGACUUGCCGCUCAUUUCGAUCCAACCACCAAUGUCGGACGUUAGCAACGGUACUCCAGUCGACGAGAUCGAUUGUAGCGACAUGGAUGCUUGCUAUGAAACAUUCGAUAAAGAUGGAGACGGGAAACUUAACCUGGACGAGUUCCGUCUGAUCUGCAAAGCGCUGUUCCGAAACGACAAAGGUCACAUAUACACCCUGCCUGAAGAGAAAGCGCGCCACGUGUUUCAAGUCUUCGAUAAGAAUGGCGAUGGGUUUAUUGACAAGGAUGAGUUUACGUUUUGUUGGAACCAUUGGAUCAAAGUGAUCGUGCGGCCGAUCAGCGCGUUCCUGAUAGUGGAUGUGCAGAACGACUUCAUCUCAGGCACCCUGAACAUCAGCAAAUGCAAUGCGCAGCAUGAUGGCAGCGAAGUGGUGGAACCCAUUAACCGACUCCUGGAGAGCAUACCGUUUGACUGCGUUUUCUACUCUCUCGAUUGGCAUCCUUCAGACCACGUCUCCUUCAUCGACAACGUUCACAUGAGGGAACUACAUCCUUCUAGUCCGGUGUCAGCAGAUAAAGCCCAAGCCUACGACACAGUGGUCUUCGCCGGUCCACCCCCGAUGAAACAGAGGCUCUGGCCGAGGCACUGCGUCCAAGAUACCUGGGGUGCUGAGCUGCACAAAGACUUGAAGGUAGUGGAGGGCGCAGUGAAGAUAUACAAAGGCACGAACCCUGAAGUAGACUCUUACUCCGUGUUCUGGGACAACAAAAAGUUGACAGAUACGACUUUGAGCACGCAGCUGCGCAUGCGCAACGCUACUGACAUCUACAUCUGUGGGCUCGCGUACGACGUGUGUGUGGGAGCAACAAUAGCUGAUGCGUUGGCCAUCGGCUACCGAGCCAUCCUGAUAGAUGACGCCAGUCGCGGAGUAGACCUGGCCGACAUCGAGAAGACCAAGUCCACGAUCAUUAACAACAGUGGUGUCAUUGUUAACUCUGAUGAGGUAUUGUCUAUGGUGGAGGGCCGUGACCGGCGUCCAGAGCUGGGCUACAAGCUAGCCAUGGAGCUGAAGAACGCCAUGGAAGAUGACGGCGCCACACCAAACACCGUGUAG